AUGGAAGAAGACAUCACAAAUAAUCUUCUGAUAAGAGAGGCAAGUGCACAAGUGAAUCGUGUUGAUGAUAAGUAUGAGGAUUUGCCACUCAAAACCAGGGUAUGGAAUGAAAGCAAGAAGCUGUGGGUGGUGGCUGGCCCUGCAAUAUUCACCAGAGUUUCCACCUUUGGAACAAAUAUCGUCAGUCAAGCCUUCAUUGGUCACAUUGGCUCCACUGAAUUGGCUGCAUUUUCACUUGUAUUCACCGUACUUGUUCGGUUCGCAAAUGGCCUCUUGCUGGGCAUGGCUAGUGCGUUGGAAACUGUUUGUGGUCAAUCAUAUGGUGCAAAGCAAUACCACAUGCUUGGGGUGCAUCUUCAAAGGUCAUGGAUAGUACUGUUUGUGAGCACAUUGUUCCUCAUUCCUAUUUGCAUCUUCGCAACUCCGAUUCUCGAGGCUUUAGGCCAAAAAGAUAAUAUUGCAGAAGAGGCAGGAUAUAUUUCUCUAUGGGUGAUCCCUGUGCUUUUUGCUUUUGUUGUAUCCUUUACCUGCCAAAUUGGGGGGGUUGCCGGUGUAAUGGUGUCGACUAUUAUAGCAUAUUGGCUACCCAACAUUGGUCAGCUCUUGUUUGUUCUAUGUGGAGGAUGCCCAGACACUUGGACUGGCUUCUCUACCUUAGCUUUUAAAGAUCUAUGGAAUGUCGUCAAGCUUUCUCUGUCAUCUGGUGUUAUGCUUUGCCUCGAGCUUUGGUACAACACGAUCUUGGUUCUUCUAACGGGAAACAUGGAAGAUGCUGAAGUUUCUAUUGAUGCUCUAGCUAUUUGCCUCAACAUCAAUGGGUGGGAAAUGAUGAUUGCCCUUGGUUUCCUGGCUACAGCAAGUGUACGAGUGUCGAAUGAGCUUGGACGGGGUAACGCAAAGGCGGCAAAGUUCUCUGUUGUGGUUAUUGUGUUGACAUCACUUUCCAUUGGCUUUGUGCUCUUCUUGCUUUUCCUGCUCUUGAGGGGACGUCUUGCCUACAUUUUCACCACCAACGACGAGGUAGCUAAGAAGGUUGCAGACCUGUCACCUUUACUGGCCUUCUCCAUAUUGUUGAACAGUGUUCAGCCUGUGCUCUCUGGAGUUGCUAUAGGAGCUGGAUGGCAGAAUAUUGUAGCAUAUGUCAACAUAGCGUGCUAUUAUCUUAUAGGGAUUCCUAUUGGAGCUGUGUUGGGUUUUCUUCUACAUCUACAAGUCAAAGGUGUAUGGAUUGGAAUGUUGUUUGGAACAUUUGUCCAAACUAUUGUACUAGUCAUACUCACUUGCAAAACUGAUUGGGAGAAACAGGUAACAAUAGCUCGUAACCGUGUUAGCAAGUGGAAUGUUAGAGAAGAUAUUGGAGAACCAAGCCCCAAAGCAUAA